GUUGGUGACGAAAUUGAAAUUGACAGUUAUCGGUUGUCGGUGGCGAAAAGGCCAAAAGUGAAUUCUAUUAGUUUUUAAGAUUAAAUUAAUUUUAUAGUGUACAAUAUUAUUUAUUUUCGAAAUAUAUAAAUCUUUCUUUCUACAUUCGAAUAUUUUAGCGGUUUAACAGGAGCCUCAAAGUUAUUAUGGCAGAAAAUAACGAUGAUAUCAAUGAUGAAGAUAUUAUUAUAAAUGCUCAAGAUGGGCUUCCAAAUGUACAUCCAAAUUUAUUACCCGAACAGGAAAUAGAUACUUCUGAUCAGAAUUCAGAGGAUGAUGAAUAUGAAGGACUUCCUUCAUCCCUAAUUGUCACUAACAUUCAUGACUCAGUUUUUAAUAGUGAGGAUAAAAAAAGGGAUUUAGAAAAUCUUUUUAAAUGGUACGAUCCUGAUGUUACAUUUCAAUGGUUAAAAAGUUUUAGGCGUUUAAGGGUUAAUUUCUUAACUCCCUUGGCUGCCGCAACAGCAAGAGUUGAAUUGCAUCAAUAUAAGUUCAAUGAAUCAAUUAUAACAUGUUAUUUUGCUCAACCAGUGACACCAGUGAAAAAUAGUUCUUUGCAACCACCAGCCCCAUACAAACAGUUCCUUAUUUCUCCACCGGCAUCUCCUCCUGUAGACUGGGAACCGCGUCCAGAGGGAGAGCCUAUCAUUAAUCAUGACCUACUUGCAGCCUUAGCAACACUUACACCUGGUGGUUCCCACGAACUACAUCCACCAUCACCUGGUCAGCCAAGUAUUGUGGUACACACGGCGUUAGCUGCAAGUAACGCGACAGGAGCUAAACCUAAAAUAAUUCAAACUGCGCGGCCUGACCAUUUUUAGUCAAAUUUACUUUUCACAAUUCUGUAAAUAAAAUUCAACUAUUUUUGUCUGUCUUUCAUCUCUCAAACUUUUAGACGAUACAUCACAUACAUAUACUUAUUUUGGCAAAUUAAACACAUGUUGAGGUUUUGAAGAAUAUUAUAAAGUUCUUAAACACAUUGUAGUUGAAAGAAAAUAGAAUUUUAAACUUUAUUUGAAAUUUGUAUAGUUGUAAAAAUUAUUUUAUGCAAGUUUAAAAAAAAAUUGUUAAUCCGUUUAAACAAAUACAUAUUUGGUUGUUUAAAUUAAAUCAAAAUUUUUGGAUAAAUAACUACUUAGUUUUUUCAAGUCAAUAAUACCAAUUUAUAUUUUAAUAUAAUUAUACAUUUUAAACAUACUGUCCUUAGCAACAGAAUAAGAAUCGACAAUAAACCUAAAUACAAAACAACGAAUUGAUCAUAUUUUAAUUAAACCUUCACGUCACAUAAUCCUUAAAUGACAUUCGAUUAUAAUUUCCCCUGUAAAAAAAAUACAUAAAAAUUGUCCAAAACAUAAUAUAAUAUUUAACUAACAGUCUCUAGACAUUAAUUAAUUUAAAUGUUUUUUAUUGAAUGGGUUUGUAUGUGAAUAUUUGGCGGGUCUGAACUUUUUUAUCUGUUUUCAUUUAAAUAUAACAAGUUUUAUGUCAUUUUUUUAAGAAAUAACAUAUAUAGGACGACUCAACAAAUAUCGAUUGUCGUCUCGAAGGUCACUAUGACGUAUUUUUCGAUCGUUUGGUACUUGUGCUAUACAGAUAUUUAAAACUGACUAAUUCAACUAUCCAUUCUUCUGUAGGCCUAAGAAUAAAGCUUACUCAGGAAUUUCAAAACCUUUUAUUUGAAGCUAAAGUUAAAUUAUGAUGUAUAAUCAUCUAGAAGAGUACAGUAUUUUCAUAUAACCGAUCAAUUAUUAUUUUUUAACAGAAACCAAUUUCAAAAAUAGUUUGCCUCUUAAGUGUAUGUAUAAUAUUUUAUUAAAAUGCAAAUCUAGCUAGCAAUUUUUUUUAGUUUUAUUGUAAAAAUGUCUUAAAUCGUUUAACUUAAAGUGUAAAGCUGGAUUUAUAAACUCGGAAGUUGGCGUUCAGUUGAGGUUCAGUUGCAGUUGGAUGUUCGCGGCAGUUGAGGUUCAAUAUUUUUGCAUUUAUAAACUGUCAGUUUCGGUUGUAGGUUAGGUUUGGUUUUUUA